AUGUGUGUCCUAGCCUUUGAUGCCACAAUUGAAUCUGAGAGUUUGUUGAAGAAAGGGCAGCAGCAGUGUGUGCUAGAUGUGACUGAUGUUGUCCCGUAUAAUGACUUGAUUUACUCCAUUAUUUCCACAUUUUGGGGUGCGUUAGGUGGUGAUGUAUACCUAGGAAAGUCCCCAAAUUCAGAUGCCCCUUGUCCAGAUGGCGUAUUCCGUUACAAUUCCGAUGUUGGACCUAGCGGUACACCCGUUAGAUUCAUUCCUUUAUCUGGAGCAAAUAUCUUUGAAGAUCAACUACUUAACAUACAAUUCAAUAUUCCAACAGUGAAAUUGUGUGUUAGUUAUACAAUUUGGAAAGUCGGAAAUCUAAAUGCAUAUUUUAGGACGAUGUUGUUGGAGACCGGAGGAACCAUAGGGCAAGCAGAUAGCAGCUAUUUCAAGAUUGUUAAAUCAUCAAAAAUUGGUUACAACUUAUUGUAUUGCCCAUUUACUCCUAUUAUUUGUCUACGUUGCCCUGAGGAUCAGUUUUGUGCAAAAGUGGGUGUAGUUAUUCAAAAUGGAAAAAGGCGUUUGGCUCUUGUCAACGAAAAUCUUCUCGAUGUCUUAUUCCAGGAAGUCUAGUAACAAAUAAUGCCUGCAGCUAGACUAUACUAUGUUUUAGCCUGCCUGCUGGCUAGCUACUAUGUUAUGUUAUGUUGUAAAAUAAACACCUGCUAAGGUAUAUCUAUAUAUAUUUUAGCAUGGCUUUCUUAAUAAAUUGUCUUUCCUUAUCGUUUA